AUGGGCAACGAUUACCACCGCCCCAAGGACGUAGCAGGCGAGAACCGCUACGCAUUCACCUCUCACGCCGACUCCGCCUUUGACGUAUGUUUCGAGAACAUCUUCACCUCGUCCGGCUCCUCCAAAUCCAUCACCCCGCGCCACGUCGAGCUCGACAUUGACAUUGGCGCUGACGCCAAGGACUGGAAUGCUAUUUCCGCUGUGGACAAGCUGAAGCCUGUAGAGGCGGAACUCAGGAGGAUCGAGGAGGUCGUCGGCGAGAUUGUGACGGAGAUGGAUUACCUCAGGAGUCGCGAGCAGAAGCUGAGGGAUACCAAUGAGAGUACCAACGAGAGAGUCAAGUGGUUUGCGCUCGGCACCAUGGGUAUGCUUGUUGGGCUUGGAGCUUGGCAGGUUGUUUACCUUAGGGCCUAUUUUAGGAGCAAGCAUCUCAUCUAG